AUGGCCGACAUAGAGAAGACUCCAGCUCAGGUCGUCGAACCAACCCCCGAAACGCAUCCAAAAUCUUCACGGAACCUCCUCGACCGCCUCAAAGGUAGUACAAAUGAUCCCGACGCCCUGGGCAGGGAGCUGCUGCAGAAGGCUCUUGAGUUUGACGAAGCUCAACUCGAACGAGAUGCGGUCAAAGUUCGGCGGAAGCUUGACUGGAUUGUUAUCCCCAUGAUGAUGACAACCUACAUGCUAAGUUUCCUCGACAAGCAGACCCUCAACUACUCGAACGCGUACGGACUUCAAGAGGACACUCAUAUGAAAGGAGAUGACUAUUCAUGGGUGGCAUCGGCACUAUACUUUGGCUGGCUUACUGGCGCAUAUCCAUGGAACUUUAUCCUCCAACGCUACCCCAUUGGGCGAACGAUCGGAUACAUGCUUUUCGUCUGGGGCGCUGUCUGCAUGCUGCAAGCGGCUGUUUUCAACUUUGCCGGCUUCUUUGCCAUUCGCUUCUUCUUGGGAAUGGUCGAGGCUUGUAUAUCUCCGGCCUUCGUCCUCCUCACCUCUAUGCUAUGGACGAGAGAAGAACAAGCACUGCGAACAUCUUUCUGGCUAUCCACAAAUGGCGUUUCUUCGAUUCUCGGUGCCUUGCUUGCGUACGGAAGUGGCCAUGCAGUACACCUCGCUGUCCCUAACUGGAAGUUGAUCUAUUUGAUUGUCGGAGCUAUGACGUUUUUCUGGGGUUUCGUUAUCGUUCUCUAUCUCCCCGAUGGAGCUCACAAUGCCAAGAUGCUGACCGAGUAUGAACGGAUGGUUGCUGUCUGGCGCGUGUCAAAGAAUCAAAUGGGCAUCAAACAUCACAAGAUUAUUCUCGGCCAUGUCAAGGAGGCGUUGCUCGAUCCAAAGACCUACCUCGUCAUCCUCAUGGGCACCUGCACAGGAAUUCUGAACGGCGCCGUCUCAAACUUCUUUUCUGCUUUGAUCAAAGGCUUUGGGUUCGAUGCGCUUCGGGCGACUCUGCUUCAGACGCCCGGUGGCGCGUUUGAGAUCAUUGGGUGUAUGGGUUUCGGUUGGGUGGCCACCAAGAAGAAUCUUCUGGGCAUCAGCAUCAUCGUUGCAUGCCUACCGGGGCUCGCCGGCUUGAUCGGUCUCUUGACCAUCAACAUCAAGCAUCGUUAUGCGCUGGUAGCUUGUUGCUGGCUACAAAACGUUCUUGGAGCACCUAUCAUCCUGGGCUGGACUCUCCCCGGUGUGAAUGUGGCAGGGCACACCAAGAGAACUGUAGUUGUGGGAGUCUUUUUCGUAUUCUAUUGCGCCGGCAACAUCGCAGGGCCGCACCUGUUCUUGCCCUCCGAGACGCCGCGAUACUUCACCGCCGUCAGGGGAUUGCUGGGCACCUACUGCGCGCUGUGCGUCCUGCAGGUCAUCUACACGGCGCUGUGUUACUUUGACAACAAGGCCCGCGACGCCAGGGGCCUCCACGCCGCGCGACAGCAGGAGGAAUUGCUCGAGGGCUUUGACGACCUGACGGACAAGCAGAAUCUGCAUUUCAGGUACAAGAUUUGA